AUGGGAAAAGAAGUGUGGCACGUCCACAUAAAGACUGCUUUGUGCAUGAAGAGAGCGGUCUUGAUAUUUCAGUCCAGUACAGAGAAAGUGGCGGAGGCUGCAGAGAAGGGAGCCACCUCCGUUCUGUCGCUACAUCCAGAGACAAACAUGUCGACUCCAGAGGGCGCUCCAGGGGCCUCAGACUCAGGAGGGCCUCCAGCUGCAGCUCCAAACCUGACCAGCAACAGGAGACUGCAGCAGACACAGGCCCAGGUGGACGAGGUGGUGGACAUCAUGCGUGUCAACGUGGAUAAAGUUCUGGAGAGAGAUCAGAAACUGUCGGAGCUCGAUGAUCGAGCAGAUGCUCUUCAGGCCGGAGCCUCACAGUUCGAGAGCAGCGCAGCCAAACUGAAGAACAAGUACUGGUGGAAGAACUGCAAGAUGAUGAUCAUCAUGGCGAUUGUCGGAGUCAUAUUUUUUGGCGUCAUUUUCUUGUACUUCUUCUACUGA